AUGAAUAACAUACUCGAAUCAUGGCUAAAAUGGGCAUUUCUUCUAAUAAGCAUACUUCCAAUUAAGAGUACAAAAAUACUACAUAAUAAGAGAAAAAAAAAUUUGUUCCCAUCAUUCACACAAAAUGGUUGGUCGAGGAGAGAAAGAGACAAUAAUCUUUCUUCCCACAAGUUGAUUCAAAGUUGUAAAUCUGUCUUUCACCCGUUCAAAAAGAAAAACAGUUCAUUGAAAUUAUCUAAACAGGAUAAAAUAAGCAAAGAAAAUAUCUCUCUAAAUUACCUAAACAAAUUAAUGGAAAACAUAUUACAUAAAAAAUAUGAAUAUAAAAAUAAUUUGAUAACCCCCAUCUUUACAAUUUACAACUUAACUAACUAUUUUAAGCAUAAGUCAUUAUCACUAGAAAAUAUAGAAUUCACUGAACAAAAUAGGAAUGACUAUACGUAUGAAAAAAAUAGAAUUCACGAUUUUAUCGUGGAACAUAAUCUACACGCUAGUAAAAAUGGACAACAAUUUGAAAAAUCUGAUACCAAUGUUCAAUCGAAUAAACAACAAUGCAAUGGAAGCAUCAAAAAAAAAAACGCCUACUGUUGUGAUGACAACAUGAACGAUUCUCAUUUUGAAGACAAAAUCCUCUGCAUAACUGCAAAAAAGAAAAUUCAAAAAUCAGACAUCAUAUGCAACAUACCUAGUUCAUACAUAAUUAAUUUUAACCACAUCGUGAAACAAAUUCAAAAAUAUGUUGACUUCUUCUCCAACACGUAUAAUGUUAAUUACUUGAAAUAUAUAUUUAAAAAUAACAUGGAAGAAGAGAUAAAAAAAAUAGAUUCUUUUACAAUAUUAAUGUAUGAUAUUUAUAAAAGGCAUGUUCAUUUUUUAGUCUUUAUGAAAUCACCACAUAUCUAUUUAAAAUAUUGGGAUGUUAAAUUAACAUUAAUAAUAGCUUAUAUAUAUUUCAUUUCGAAAUACAUCAAUGUUUUACUUUAUGCUUAUAAUUUUAAUAACACUUGUUUUGUUCUUUUGAAUAAUUAUUUUAUGAAACAAGGGAAAAUAUAUCACACAAGCAGUGAAAAUGUGUCUCAAAAGAAAGAACAAAAUAUUUACUGCAUAAACAAAAACCCAGUGUGUAACAUCGAUGAAGAGGAAAAUGUUCUCAAAGUUGCGUAUACGCAUAUAAGGCAAAUACAUUCUAUGCUAAACGAAAAAACAAAUGAUACACUUAAAGAGAAGACCAAUUUUUUCUUCUAUAAAAAUUAUGAACAUUAUGUCUAUUAUAUUACUAACAAAAUAAAAUUAUCCCAUUUACCUCUACAUUUCUCAGACUCCUCAUUUUUUCUUUUUAAUAAUAUUAGUAUGAAAAAUAUCAUAUAUUUUAGAAGACAAAUGCUUCACGAAAUAAUAAAUUUUUAUAAAAGUGAGGAUAAUGAAAACUCUAAUUUUUUAUUUAUUGACAAAAAUGUUAUACACAGAAUUUUAUUUACUAAUAAUGAGUACUAUGGUCCGAUUGAGAAACUCUUAAUCGAUAACAAAAAUUCAUUUGGAGAGGGGAAACCUCAAUGUUCUCCCCAUAUUUUGGAUAUCCAUAUGGGAGAUGUUAACAGGUUGUACCAUUAUAUUUUGCUCUCGAGCGAAAAAAAAUCUAAUGAGAAUCAAAAUGGGGUAUGUUUCCAUGAGAGUGGUAGUGAAAUAAACAAAUCGUAUGGUAGUAAAAAUGGGGGAAAUACAUUUAGUUCACUCAUUGAAAUUCUUGAUUAUACCAUCAGAUCUAUCGCUUAUAAUGAAUCCUUAUUCGAAUCAUUUGAUGAGUUCUUUAAUUACAACUUUUUGAUGCAUAUAUAUUCGUACGUUUCUUCGCACGUUAUAAAGCUGAAAAGUGAUAUAACAGUAAAUAAGGAACAAAUGGACAAGGAGAGAAGAAAAGGGGAAAAUAGUCCCCAAAAUGGCACACAAAAUAGUCCCCAAAAUGGCACACAAAAUAGUCCCCAAAAUGGCACACAAAAUAGUCCCCAAAAUGGCACACAAAAUGGUCCCAAAAAUGAUGACUGUGAACUAAAGGAUAAUAUCCUAAGCAGCAACAUAAAAAUGGAAAACAUCGAAAAAGUCGUUGAGGAAUUUAGCGUAAAGGAAUGCACGAAGCAUGAUUUUAACGAAUAUGAAAAAAACGAAAAAGAUGAAAAUACAUAUAUGUGCCUAAUACCCAUAAUAGACAUCUGUAACCACAGCAAUUUUUCUGUGAAUUCUAUUAUCAAAAAGGAAAUGAGAAAAUAUGCAGAAGAUAAGAUUUUCUUCGAAAAUAACCUCAAAAGUUUUUUCCAUUCUGAGAAAAGGCACAUUAAGAAAAAUGAAGUGAACGAUAUUUCUAAAGAUAAUCUACCUGAAUAUAUGUCAAAAAAAACUUCUUAUCAGAAAGAAGAACAAAUGAAUAAUAAUGUAAAAGAUGCAGAACUGAUUGAAAACUUAGAUAAUGUACAGUUAAUAAGCUCAAAAGACAUAGAAAAAGAUGAAGAAAUUACAAUAAGUUAUGGAAAUCUAAGUAAUGAUCUCCUACUGUUAGAAUACGGAUUUGUUGAUAAAAAAGGUACAAAGGUUUAUUUCUAUUUUGAUAUAAAAAUAGUAAGAGAAAUAAUUAUACAAAUACUAGGAUUUGAUAAAUUACCCCUAAUAAUGUUAGAAAGCUUACCACAGGUUAAGGUAAAUUUAUUUAAAAUUCUUAACGUUGUACCAAAUAGUGAUAAUGUGUAUGAACGAUUUGCUCUUAAUAUGGAAAGUGCAAAAAUUACGAGAAAAAAAAAAGAAAUAUUAAAUGAUUAUCUGAGAAAAAAUAAAUAUUUUAACGAAUAUAAUAUAUUUACUAUGAAAGAUCGUAUUAACAAAUUCUACAUUGAAGAAAAGCUUCAACACCAUCAUAGGAAAAAUUACUUCUACAUAGGUUCAGAAUCUAUUGUAGACCCAGUCCUAUUAGCUACAAUACGCAUAAUCAUAUACGACGAUUUAAACGAACUCACCAAAAUAAAGGUAACAGAUUUAUUAAAGUGGGAAUAUUACAUAUCACCCAUAUCCGAAGCAGUUGUACUACAAGUUUUAAUUAAAUUAAUCGAUGAAAUUAUUUAUGAACAAUUUUAUCAUAUGGAUUACGAAGAAAUAUUAAAACAGGGUAAAGUCCAAUAUUCUGAUUUGAAAUUUUUACAAAAUAAAUUUCUUCAAAAAAAUUUAUUUGACUCUGAAAAAUUCAUAAACAUAUAUCGCAGCAACAACUUUAAAAUAGUUAUAUAUAAUGUUAUGAGGCUCAAGGAGCUACAAAGUGCAAAGCAGAAACUUACAGAAAAGCUGAAACAUAUGAAAACACUUAUUAGGGAUUAA